UACUUCUUCCACUGAUUCGGCCACUAUACCACGAAAACGUGCACGUGGGAUUACAUCUGUUAGCAAGGAACGCAGCGAAAAGAUUACACGGGCACUAGUUAAAUUAAUCGCAUUUAACCGACUGCCUUUUAAUUUUUCUUCUAGUCCUGCUUUCCAAACAUUUAUGAAAGAAAUCGAGCCUGGAUACAAGUGCCCAUGCAGUCAAACAGUACUACGCCGUUUACGUGCUCUUGAAGAUGAAGUAAAAACCAAGAUCCAAUGUACAUUAGAUUUGUGCAAAUUUAUUGCUCUGGACACGGAUUGUUGGACUUCUCGAUCUCAAGAAGGUUAUAUGAAUGUGAAUGCUCACAUCGUAAAUAACGUAUGGGAGCCACAAAUAUUCACGUUAAGUAUGCAAGAACUUAGCGAAAGGCAUACGGCGGAAAAUUUAGCUGACAGCUUACAAAAUGUUGCUGCUGAAUGGCAAAUUGACACCAAAAUUGUAUCCAUUGUUCAUGAUAAUGCAAGCAACAUUGUUCUCGCAGUGAACAGCAUGAUGAACGUCGGAUCCAGCUCUAGUUGUGCAGCACACACGAUAAAUUUAGCCGUGAGAGAUGCGUUGAAGGAAGAUAAUAUUUCCAUCGUGCUUGCUAAAAAAAUUAAAAUUGUUUCCCAUUUUCAUCAUUCCGUCAUUGCUUCACAAGCUCUUGCAAAAAAACAAGAACAAUUAGGCUUACCUCAACGAAAAUUAAUCCAAAGUGUUCGUACUCGAUGGAAUACAGAUUUACUUAUGGCUGAAAGACUUGUAGAGAAUCGUAGCGCUAUCACAGCUGUUCUUGGAGAUCGAACCGUGACAACUCCUUUGCAUGCUAAAAAUUUAGAAAUAAAUGAAGAUGAAUGGAGUAUGUUUGAAAAUUUAAUACCAGUUCUCAAACCACUUGAAAUUGCAACUACGGUACUAUCCGGAGCUCCAGCAUCAAUGGUACGUCCAGUAAUUCAAACUGUGAUCGCUAAUCAUCUUUCUUGUGGAACUGAAGGCGUAUCAAAAACGUUAGCAGAGGCGUUAUCAAUUCGUUUCCAAAUGGAGUCACAGGAAAAUAUAUCAGUUCGUCAAAAAGCAUCAUUUUUAGAUCCUCGUCAUAAAGAUCUCCAGGCUGAACCAAUGUUGCAACGGACCGCGAUUAGAGAACUGAUUGAACUAGAAGCAACAUCUCUUAUUCCAACAGGAUCCGAAUCGUCACAAAGCUUGUCAAAUAGCGUACUAGACUAUCUUUUUAAAAAGCCCGAAAACACGCAUUUAACUUCGGCAGCUCAGCAGAUCCAACUGUAUCUUUGUGAGCCACAAAUUGAUAUUAAUAUGGAUCCCCUUCAAUGGUGGAAAUCACAUGAAAAGAAAUUUCCACAGUUGGCUCUGUUGGCGAAGAAAUAUUUAU